CAUAAAAUCGUGUUUUUAUUAAAAACCUGUUACAUAGAUACGACUUAAUUAUCAAAUUAAUGUAUUGUCAUCGGUCCUCGAUAAAUCUACAAAGUUUGAAUGAAAUCUGCCCGUUUAAAGUGGGUCAAAAUCGCGUCUAAAGGAGUCAGUUACAAACAUACAAACAUACAUACAAGUGAAGUUAAUAUAAAGCGUGUAAAAAAAGAAGAACUUCAUAAACUUUAAUGAACAUUUAAAAGAAAAAGAAUUUACAAUGGAUCUGAAAAAAUUUGAAUAGUCAACAAAAAUCUGAUAUAAAUAAAGUUAUUGAGAAAUAUAAAUCACGCUUAUUUAUGCAAAUGAAUGAUCAUCCUAACAUUACGUCCAUCUAUUGGAAGCUCUCUUCUCGAAUUGACUUUUUAGCAUUUUCUUGGUGUGUUGUUGUUUUCUUGUUAAUGUGGGGUUUACGGUAUUUAUCACCUGCUUCUGCUGCAAUAUCUCAGUGCCCUCGCAGAAGCCGACUGACGACCGCCAUGACUGGUACUGACAAAUCACGCAAAAACGGCCGAUUUAGAUGAAAUUACGCGCAAGCACAGUGUACUUUUUUUUUUUCGGGCCGGGGACUGGCGGUCGCGAACGGCAGGCCCAAGGAUGUUUUCAGGAUCCUACCCACUGCGCGACACCCCUGCACUCAUCGCUCAAGCGUCCGAUCCCUUUCGAGGACAGAACCCGGAUGAGGUAAGGGGGCUACCGCGAUCAACACUAUAACCAGACGGCGCAGCUCACGACGAGGGCGGCGUGUUUCUCGUCGAAUCCAGAGCAACGCGCCAAUCUAUGAUCCGCUGUGUCAUCCUCGUCGUGGUCUGCGCAAUGGUGGCACUGCGCCGUCGGUUCCCUCCCGGCGAUCUUGAGCAAGUACCGGCCGAAAUAUCCGUGGCCGGUAAGCAUUUGUGUGAGCCGGAAGGUGAGGCAUCUGCGGUCAUGACCCACCCAGUCCGCGAGAACUGUCUCAACGGUACGGACUACGGAGGCCGGGCGACCGGUCCGCCAAACGACAAGACCACGCCUCCAGCACGGACGGCCGAGAUUGGAGCCUCUGCGAUCCAAUCACUCCUUCGCCAUGGCGCCCUUUCCCUCUAGAGCGAAGGUCGCGCCACCUGUAGUCGGCAGCGAGUGUCUCCGCUUCCAGGUCCCAGGGUGGCGCCCCGGCGAGCUAAAGUGUACAUAUAUCCUAGGAUAAUUUUUAGGUAAGUUAAAUGAUCCGCGCAAUGCCGCGUGUUUCCACUGCAACAAAUACAACAUUGUGUUCGAUGUCUUGCGAUUUCAUGUUCCAAAGUAUCUACAAAUCAACUCGAAUUUAAUGACCGUGAUAAAAGUAACUCUUUGUCCCGGGAAAGUGUAACUUGUCUAUUUUAAUCCGAAUUACGAAAUUUCAAAGAAAUCGCAGGAUACCGCUGCUGUGAUAUAAAUUGAGAUAAUUCUAUUUCCGCGUGUGUGUGAUAACUUCCUUUGAUGUGUUUCGAAGAACUCCUUUUAAUUAAAUUGGUUUUUUUUUAAUAAUACAGAAACAGAUUACAAAUAACAAAUCAAAUUAAAACAGAUAUGUUAUCUAUACUUAAUAUUAAAAAAAGCUGAAGAGUUCGUUUGUUUGUUUGUUUGGUCGAACGCGCUAAUCACAGGAACUACUGGUCUGAUUUGAAAUAUUCUUUCAGUGUUAGAUAGCCCAUUUAUUGGGGAAGGCUAUAGGGCUAUAGGCUAUGUUACAUCACGCUAAGACUAAUACAAGCGGAGCACCAAUACAUAAUGUUACCAAAUCGGGUUUUUUUUCUUCUUUUCAAAGCUUCCCCUGCGUGCGCUGCGGAAACGGUUAAAGUUUCGCUUAGAUAAUGUAUGACAGAAUUGUUCCCUCUUUAAAAGCUCUAAAAAAGUCCGUGCCAGCAUAUGUCUAUAUUUGAAGGUUGGCUCACUAUAACCUUUUUUACGCUAACCAAAUUUGUUUUUAAAUAAAGCAUUAUAAUUUGUGAAGAUGUUUUUAUAAAGAUGAUAUUAAUCCUUAUCCAAAUAAAUACGUUAUUUAAUUUAAAAGAAAUUUGCCGUUUGCAUCGUUUGAUUUAGUAACAUCUACAACGCUCGAAAACUACAACACCAUCUAUUGUCAGAUAGCGGAAAUACACCCCGAAAAUACUCGACUUGUGAGGAAUGUCCUCGACAAUUCUAGGGAUGUCGUAUCGACUUUAAAAGCGUAGCAAAGAUGGCACGCAGUCAGUAAUAAGAAGCAAAACAGCGAACGGAUCACCUGAAGCGAAGCGGAAGAAGUUAAUUGAAAAUUUUAAAGUGUUCUGUGAGUGUUCUGAGUAUUGAAUACAGUUUUAAUUUGUACUUUGGUGGUACUUUUAUUUAUCCCGAGCCCCAGCGCGUAACACUCAGUAUAAAAGAGGAUGCAUUGGAUCACAGAGCUAUAGUUAUUGGAAAGCUGUAGUCUGAAAAAUAUCACGAAGAUGGCCGCCAAACAAUACUUUAUCGUGUUCCUGAUUGUCGCCGUGAUGGCUCUCGAGGCCAGCACUACCGAAUAUGGAUGCCCUGAAAAUGCCCAUUGGACUGAUGACCCCUGCGUGAGGACCUGCGACGACCCGUACCUGACUAACACCGCUUGCGUCGGCGCCCUCAUUCAAACCUGCCACUGUAACGACGGCUUAGUCUUCAACGCGGACAGAAAAUGUGUGCCCAUUUCUGAUUGUUAAAAUGUCAUAACGAUUUAUAAUCUUUUUUCGUGAUUUUAUUAAAUGUUCAAAUUGA